CAGGAAGUACUUACAGACACAGCUGCAGUCACGUCUUCAUCUGCAGCUUUGAAUUUUUCUUUUGCCUCCAUAAAAUACUAAAUACUUUUUUUUUUAAAUAAUAUAUAUAUAUUUAUUUUUUGUGGGGGGAUUUCUACGGAGCAACUAAUGGAUUUAAAGGAGACGGUAGAACCCAAGUAAAAGCCAACAGAGUUCCUGUGCACCAUUACUUGGACAUCUGGCCCUUGCAAUCCUUUAUCUGCAGCCGGACAUCGGGCCUUGCCCUCAGAAGGCACAGAUUACGACGGACCCUUUUUAUAAUCCCCGAUGUGCGUUCUUGGAUUAUCAGAAUACCACUAGUCCACCCGAACAGUGCUUAGUCUUAACCGGGGGUGAGAUCAUGCCUCGCAGCCAGUUGUGAGGCUGUGUUGGUUACAGAUGUGGGCACCACCAGAUGCCAGGACCCCUCCUUCCUUCCAAUCUAAGGCUGGUCAAGAACCGAAGAACACGAUUGUCCUGUUCUUCCGGUGGCGGACCCUGAUCGUUGGUUGCCCACCUCCUGGCUUGUCGGAUCAUUCCUAACACUGGAUCCUUUUCCCAGACCUUCAAGCAAUUUGGAUUAUAAAACGUUUUACUUGGACCCAUCUUCUACGAACCUGUUUGGCGCAACAUCCCGUUUCAUCCUUGACUGCCAGCGUUGCCUUUUUCAUAGGAGGGUCUCUCUGUCGCCCUUUUAAUUUGACAGAUUUCUUCUCCCGUGCCUUUUUUCUGCUACAUUGCAUCUGACAGCCCAGAAACUGUUCCAGUCUUUACUCUCAGUUGGGGGCUAAAGAUUGUCAGAUGUUGGCCACCUAAGCCCCAGCACAGGCUUUGGGAGGGGGGAGGAGAGAGGUGGAGGGGGCCCUUCUGAAUGCCUUUACAAGGUUUCUGGUGGUGGGUUUGCUGCAGGCAUGGGUUUACCCUCCUGGGCAGGGAAUAUGGGGAAAAAGAGGAAGAGGAGGAAUCAAUCGAGAUGAGCAGUCCAGGCGUCCAGAUGACCAACCGAAACGGGUCCACAGAUGUCGGUGUCACCCAGCCUGUCCGUACAUCCAAUGGCUUGGAAAGGCCAUUACUUGUCUCUGAGGAAAAACACAGCCUGAUAACACCGAGCAGCAAGGUUAUGUGCAAGGACGAGCAGGAUGUCAUUGUCAAAGGGUGGUUGCAGCGCGAGGUGUGCGGUGAAGCCAGACGGCCCUGGUCCAGGCUGAAGAAGUACUGGUUUGUCCUGACUCCCGACUCCCUGGAUUGCUACAAUAGCAAUGAGAAGCCUAGCAAACGCUUGGGCAGCUUGGUGCUCACCAGCUUGUGUUCUGUCAUGUGGCCAUCCAAGCAAACGUACAAGGAGACAGGGUUCUGGAAUGUGACUGUGUAUGGAAGGAAGCACUGUUACCGCUUAUACACAGAACAUCUCAAUGAGGCUGUGCAUUGGGUGUGCGCCAUCCAGAAAGUGAUAGACAGCAAGGACCCAAUGGAGACCCCCACACAGCUGCUCAUAAAAGACAUAGAAGAAAGUCAUUGCAAUCAAGAAACAGUGGAAGAGAUCUACAAGCUGAACCCCAUUCUACGGCAUACGAAGAACCCCCUCUACGCCCCACUUUUACCCUUCCCUUAUGGAUCUGAUGAUCAUUCCCCCCAUAACGUCAGGGGUUACACGGCUCUCCGAGACGAAGCGGUGAAGAUAUUUAACUCCCUGCAGCAAAUGGAGAACCAAAGAGACCCCGUGCCGCUAAUGCAAGGCGUUCUGCAGACGUGCCUAGACCUACGGCCUCUACGAGACGAGGUUUACUGCCAGGUGGUGAAGCAGACCACAGACCCGCCGGAGUCGGGGAGCGUGUCUGACCUCCGGUAUUGGCAGCUGCUCACUUGCAUGAGUUGCACUUACCUGCCCAGCCCGGCCGUCCUUCGCUUCCUACAGUUUCACUUGCACAGAAUGAAGGACAGUUACCCCGACACAGAAAUGGAGAAGUACGCCGAUUUCGUCCUGUCGUCUCUGGAUAAGACGAAGCAGCGAGAGUACGUACCAUCCUACGAGGAGAUCUCUGUCCUCAUCCAGAGGCAGGAGCUGGUGUGCACUGUACACUACCCGGGAUCUGGUGUCUGUAAAGUUCCAAUCACGUCUCAUACUACAGCGGGGGAGUUGGUGGAGGAGCUGAUCAAAAGGCUGAAGCUGACGUGCAGUCGAAACGUGUUUGCCCUCUUCGAGCAGAACCACCAUUACGAGCAAGCGCUGGCCAAAGCCACUAUAGUUGCCGAUGCCCUCACCAGGUUUGAAAACUUUACAUGUAAAGAAAAGGGUUUUGAAACGCGGUGGAGGUUAUACUUCAAGCUUUACUGUUUCCUUGACACAGAAGAUGUCCCGAAAGACAGCUUAGAAUAUUCCUUCCUCUUUGAGCAGGCGCAUGAAGCAGUCAUCCAAGGCUAUCUUCCAACCAACGAGGAAACGUUGCAAUCAUUGGCAGCUCUUCGUCUGCAGUUCCUCAAUGGCGAUUUUUCCCCGAAUGCCCCUUUCCCUCGGUUAGAGGAGCUGUUCCCCAUCUACGUUCUUCACUCGCGGGUCCUGGCAUCGAGUAAACCUCAAAUCACUUCAAAGCCUUCUUGUCCCAGUCUGCACAAAGGUCUUUUCUCAGGAGCUCUUCCCAAUGGAUUGUGGAACAACUCACUUGUAAAACAGAAAGCCGAGGAAAGUCAGAAGUUUAAGGGCCGCAUGAAGGAGGAGGGGGCCAACAUGAUGUCUGCGAUAGUAGACAAAUGGAAGGCUCUACAGAGCAUGGACAGAACUGAAGUCAUGGCUACAUAUCUCUCUAUAGUUAAACAAUGGUCUGGUUACGGAUCCACAUUAUAUGACAUUGACUUUUAUAUGAGUUCCGUUGGGAGCUUCUCACAGCGGCUGUGGUUGGGCAUCAGCGCCACCUCUCUGAGUCUCUACAAGCACGGAGAAGUGGACGCCUUCGAAAACAUUCUGUACAACCAGAUAACAUCCUUUGGCGUUUCGGACAAUUCCACUUUCAAAGUGUCAGUGGGGGACAAGGAGAUGAUCUUUGAGACUUCCAAGGUGGAUGAGAUCACUCAACUUAUUAACACGUACCUCACCUGCAUCAGUAAUGGACUCCCCCAUCCCGGAGAAAGCGGCAGCAGUCCUUGUGAAGAACCAAGCCAGCUGGUCUGACCGGUGCCGUCGCUCACGACGAAGGUCACUAUGCCUAUUGGUAGACAUUGAAACAAUUGGCAGCCAUUUUGCCAAUUCCCCCGAGGGGGGAGGGCUGCAUAUAGUCUACCUUGAGGAAUCCACAGCUUUACAUCGUGUACACAUAGAGAUCAAUGUGUUUAUGGACUCACAGAAGUGAAUACUUGGCUUUUUUUUUUUGUUUUGUUUAUUUUUUCCAUUUUUUUAUUUUUUAAACCGAAAUCAUUGUUCAGCUUCCCUCAGCCGUUCAGCUUCCCUCACUUGUCUUCUUUCUACAUCCAUCAUCCACCCGUCUGCAUGUUCAUAAACCACACGGCAUAUGUCAUUAUUCUCAAACAGGAUUAUAAUCACCUUCAUAUUUAUUGGCGCACACGAAAAAAAGUUUAAAAAAAAAAAAAAAAAGUGGGUAAAAGCCCUCAUCGUUAUUUUAUAAAUAUUGUCUUUUCUCGGCUUUUCGUUUGAAAGGAGACGUAUUGUUUUGUUACUGUAAAAAAAAAAGUUGUGCUUUAUAUAAGGAAAAAAACAAAGUUUAUGUUUUAACAGCACUUUAGUCAUCAUUUGUUGUUUUUAAGUUUUUUAUUUUUGUUUAUUUUUUUUUAGUGCAAAUGACCCUUGGUAACAACUCUUAAGCCAAAAAGCAAAAUGUGCCAUAAGUGUAGGAUUGUUCAGGUCUUCAUAGGGAAAUAAGUGAAAAGAAAGAGCUGAGAACUGUCCGGACCAUACAGCCUGAACCAAGAGUCAAUGGGGCGUUUCCAGAGGUUUUUCACCGCCCCACCAGCCUUGAUUGGUAGAUGUCUUACUGUUUGGGUAUAGACGGACAACAGAUUUUAAGCAUCGAUAAAUUAUAUCCACAAGAGUUGUUUUAUUUCACUCAAAGUUGCCAUACACAACGCUUUUCGAGGUUGCAUUACCUCUUCAUCAGAUACACAUUUGUUCAUCUGAUGAAGUGAUAAUGCAACCUUGAAACACGUCAUGUAUGGCAACUGAGAAAAUUAGAGGAAAAAAAAAUGGAUUUUCAAGCCAGACUGCUGGGUCUAGUCAAACUUAAAUCCACAAAAGUUAUUUAUUUUCAAAAAGUUAUUUAUUUUCAAAAAGUUAUUUAUUUUCACCCAAAGUUGUUAUACACACAUCGUAUUUCAAGGUUGUGUUACCUCUUCAUCAGACGCACGUUAGGCACAUUUGUGCUCUGUAAUGCCACCUCGAAGCCCGUUGUGUAUGACAACUUUAAGUGAAAUAAAAACAAAAAAUAUAUAUAUUUUUGGCGCAGCCCACCGGAUUUCAUGAAAUUUAUGUCCACAAAUGUUUUUUAUUUCACUUAAGGUUGCCAAACACAAUGCAUUUUGAGGUUGUUUUACCUCUUCAUCAGAUGCACAAAUUUACCUAAUAUGCAUCUGAUGAAGAUGUAAUGCAACUUUGAGUAAAAGAGUCAGUGGUCUGUGCCGAAAAUUCAAGGAUUUUUUUUUCUCCUAUAUUCUAUCUCACUCCAAGCCGCCAUACACAACGUGUUUCAAGGUUGCAUUACCUCUUCAUCGGAUUCGCAAAUGUACAUCUGAUGAAGAGGUGACGCAACCUCGAAAAGUGUUGUGUAUGGCAACUUCCUUCUGUGGCUAUAAAAUUUGACUAGAUCCAUUGGUCAGGGCCACAAAAACACAACAAAAUAAGGUGAGCGCCCCCACAUAAGUUUCAUGUGAGGACCACCGUAUAAGUACGAUAUGCCGCACUCUGAGAAGCUCUGCUGUUUUUUCAAGAUAGAAAUCACAUGUUUGGGUAUAGAGAGAGAUCAGUCAAGGCUGAUGGGGCAGGCAGAGUCCACCAGGGACCUCCCCCAUGACUCUUGGUUCAGGCAGCAUGAAAGUGAUGACAGGUUCCUAUUAAGUGUUUCUUUGCCUCCCCAACUUAGUGUUUCCCAACCAGUGUGCCUCCAGCUGUUGCAAAACUACAACUCCCAGCUGUCCCGGACAGCCUUUGGCUGUCCGGGCAUGCUGGGAGUUGUAGUUUUGCAACAACUGGAGGCACCCUGGUUAUAAAACUGCCCCCAAAUCAUACACAGCACUAGGCACAACCUAAAGUAUUUCCAUAAGUAUUACUGACUUAUACAUCUUUGUUAUACAUAAUAAUCUACAUCUAUCAUGUAUUUUAGUAUCAACAUUACAGCCACAAUAUCCAAAUCUCCAGUGAAUAAAAAAAAAAAGGUUUUUCACUUU